AUGGCUCUUGUUUUGAGGUAUGUUGAUAAGAAUGGUGAAGUUAUAGAACGAUUUAUCGGUCUUGUCCAUGUUACUGAUACAUCGGCAUGCUCAUUGAAGAAAACAAUUUAUUCUUUGCUUCCAGAUCACUCACUAAGUCUAUCCAAAAUACGUGGACAAGGUUAUGAUGGAGCUAGUAAUAUGAAAGGAGAGAUAAAUGUAAUUGAAAUUGAAGGUUCUACCUCAAGUGAUAGAAAUCAAGUGAAAUAUCUUUUGACAAAGGUUAAAACAUUCAAAUUUGUUUCUAUGCUUUACUUGAUGUUGAAAGUGUUGGCCAUGUCAAAUGAGUUGAGCAAGAUUUUACAAAAAAAGAUUGUAAAUGCCGUGGAGUUUCUUAGCAUCUCAAAGAAAGGAUUGGAAGAUAUGAGAGAAAAUGGGUGGGAAUCUUUGUUGGAUGAUGUUUCUUUAUUUUGUGAUUCACAUGGUAUCUUAAUUCCCAAAUUAAAUGAGCCUUAUUUUCUUAGAAACUCAAAGCAUAAGUGUUUGGAUGUUUGUUAUUCGCACUAUUUGCCCAUUGAAAUCUUUUGUGUGGUCAUUGAUGUGCAACUUCAAAAUCUUAAAGAUCAUUUUAAUGUAGUGAGUAGUGAUUUGCUUCUUGGGAUGGGUAGCUUGAAUCCUGUAAAUUCUUUCUCUAACUUUGACAAAGAUAGAAUCAUAACUUUAGCGAAGUAUUAUCCAAAUGAGUUUGAUGAUGGAAAGCUUCGAGAUUUGAGUUACCAACUUGAUACUUUCAUAAAUCAUAUGCGAGGUGGUAAUUCCAAAUUCUCCAACUUGCAAGGAAUUCAUGACUUGGCAAAGGCAUUAGUUGAGGCAAAUCUUGUGGAGACUUAUUCACUUGUUUAUUUACUUGUGAAGUUGGCUCUAAUUUUACCCGUUGCUACAGCAAUUGUGGAAAGGGCAUUCUCUUCCAUAAAGCAUAUAAAAAAUGAAGUGCGAAAUAGUAUUGGUGAUCAAUAUUCAAAUGAUUGUUUAGUAUGUUACAUAGAGCGUGACAUAUUUGCAAAUGUAAGUAAUGAUGUCAUCAUUGAUCGUUUUCAGAAUAUGAAAACUCAUCGUGGACAAUUAUAA